AAAUCAAAAACAUGCAUCCUCCCUGAACUAUUGUCACACUCCUAGUUUUAAGAAUAAUAUAGUACAAUAAUAUAUUCCCUUUCACCCACAAAAUGUUACUCUUUUGAACAUUCCUCUCCAUUAUCAAUACUAGUACUAUUAUACACACAUAUAUAUAUAAAGAACCUACACAUCCCUAAAAAAAUUACACACACAAAAAUAAAAAUGGAGCCACGGUUUGAUGGCACUAUUUUUCAAUCAUCGAGCACUGAUUUCUCCUCAGACAAUUCCUCCUUGAUUUCAUCCUCGGAAUCAUCUCUCCCCUUCAACGAGAACGAUUCCGAGGAAAUGCUCCUCUACGACGUCGUCGUGGAGGGGCGCCGCCACCUCCUGCAAGCCAGCGACGAGGUGAACUCGUCGCGGGCAGCGAAGGCGGCGGCGUCGUACCGGGGCGUGAGGCAGCGGCCGUGGGGGAAGUUCGCAGCGGAGAUAAGGGACUCGACGCGGAACGGGGUGAGGGUGUGGCUGGGGACGUUCGAGACGGCGGAGGCGGCGGCGAUGGCGUACGACCAGGCGGCGUUCGCGAUGAGGGGGCCGGCGGCGGUUCUCAACUUCCCGGUGGAGAGGGUGAGGGAGUCGCUGCGGGAGAUGAGGUGGUGCACUGAGGAAGAGGAAGGGGUCUCGCCGGUGAUUGCGUUGAAGAGGAGGCACUCGAUGAGGCGGCGCGGCGGCGGACGAGGGAAGAAGAAGGUGGUAGUGUUUGAGGAUUUGGGGGCUGAUUUUUUGGAGGAGCUUUUGAUCAAGAGUGAACAAGCUAUUUCUUGGUGAAAUUCAAAAGCCACCUACUUUUUUCUAGUAUCUUGCUACAUGUUUUGUCCAUAUCCAUAGUAUGAAAGUGGCCACUAAUUUUUUUCUUUUUCUUAGGAGUUUUUUGUUCUUCCUUUGUUUAGAUAAAAUCUUCAUCUUAUAUAGUGUGUGGAAGAUUUAGUGUUU